GGACCCUUUCUUUUCACACUGCUGUUGGUUGAGUUGCUCAAGAAGUCUGCGCCCUCCAGGAUCAUUUUCGUGACUUCUUUAGCGCACGAGUUUUCAAAGCUGUCAGCGGAGGAACUUGACCAUGAGGUGGCCAAGAACAUGAACGACAUUUCAAUUUACGGAAAGACCAAGCUGGCAAAUGUGCUCGUGUCUAAUGAGCUGGCACGACGGUUAAACGGUACAGGUGUGACAGUGAACUGUUUACAUCCCGGUGUUGUUCAGACUGAUAUCCUCCGAAAUUUGCCCUACGGAUUUAGUAAAAUCGGUCACUUUAUUUACGGAUUUUUU